AUGAGAGAAAGGAAAUCCGUCAAAUUCAAUUUCGAACUGCAACAGCAUCAGAAUGGCCAUUUCCCUCCGUUUAAAGUGGAGAAAUUAUUCGAUCCUGCUGCUGCUUGGGACAAGGAUCAGUUGGGUGAUGUACUACAUUGGAUUAGACAAGCAUUGGCCCUUGUAUGUGGAUUACUAUGGGGUGCCAUUCCUCUAGUUGGGGGCAUCUGGUUUCUCCUGUUUUUGUUGUUGUCCUCUGGUAUUAUCUAUGCUUAUUAUGCACUUGUACUGAAAAUUGACGAAGAAGAUUUUGGUGGUCAUGGAGCGCUUCUCCAAGAUGGCCUCUUUGCUUCAAUAUCUCUCUUUCUGCUCGUGUGGAUUCUAAAUGCUGAUAUGUUUAGUUUAGAAAAUACGAGGUUUUAUUUUUCAGUUUAUUUCCCUUCUAAUUGCGAUUUCCCUCAUUCAAAUUGGUGA